CACCUUCUGGAUUGCCCCUCUGCUUUUGAUCUUGAUCACUAUCAUGGAGGUCCGAUCUAACCCCACCGCCGACAACUCCUCAGACCAAGCGCCGGCGACUCGCCACCGUCGAACACCCGCCGUCUCGUCGAAGAAGCCGCUUGCGUCUCCUCUUCCUGUUGACACAACCUCAGUUUCUCAGAGACUACAGAAGGAAUUAAUGGCUCUCAUGAUGAGUGGAGGGGAUCUUGGAGUAUCCGCAUUUCCGGCCGGUGAGAGUAUUUUUACAUGGAUUGGCACAAUUGAAGGUGGAAAAGGAACUCUGUAUGAGGGUUUGUCUUAUAAGCUCUCCUUACGUUUUCCCAUGGACUAUCCUUUUAAGCCACCCCAAGUGAAGUUUGAGACUAUGUGCUUUCAUCCAAAUGUUGACCAGUUUGGCAACAUAUGUCUCGACAUCCUUCAGGACAAGUGGUCUUCAGCUUAUGACUGCAGAACUAUUCUUCUAUCUAUUCAAAGUCUAUUAGAAGAGCCUAACCUGGAGAGUCCUCUAAAUAGUUAUGCUGCUGCAAUUUGGAAUGAUAAGGAAGAUUACAAGAGAAUGGUUCACAAACAGUAUUUAGCUGGAGAAGCACCAGAAAGUUGAUUUGAUACAAUUUCAAAGCGAGGCCAAUUAGUUUCCGUACUAUAUAUAGUUGUAAACAUUUGUCGAAAGAAAAUCUCUGCAGCCUAUAAAUCUGCCCAUUUUUUGUAUCAUGCUUUGGUAUUGUAAUAUGAAACUACAUAAGUCCUCCGAAAGUCUCCUGAUGACUGUGUAUAAAAGUUGUAAAAUAUUUGGUUGUGCAAGUACAGAAUGAAUCAAUGGCCAUGAUUGUAUAUCAGUAUAUUCAUUUUACGUAAUAAUACAUGUUUUGGAGCUGAUACUUGGA